AUGGCUGAACCAGAUUCAGUUCUGGAAAUUAAAACCAUGUCCGGUCCGUGUACACUGAGAGAUGCGAUUUCUUCGACUACAGAAUCUAUAGAAGAACAAAUUCCAAUCACUACGACUGACGAUGCUCCUAUACGAGAUCAUCGAAUGUUACUGGAUUCACUAAUGUCAGCAACACCUACAGAUGGCACUAUUGAUUAUCAUAGGGUCAUGAGAACUGUUCGAUCAGAAUUAAUAGCGAGAGUUUCGGCUAUUGAUCAUCAUCGUCGUCUCCGUGAUACUGACGAUGACUCAUUCGAUGAUACAGACGAUGACGAAGCUAUCACGCUCAAAUCAGAUUGCUCAUUAACCGUUGCUUCCGGACUGAAUUAUGCGAUGAAACCGUGUCCAAUAUGCUUAGAAUCAGCUGUGUUACAAUCAACCUUAUGUUGCACAUUUCAAUGCUGUGGCAUAUGCUGGCGUGCUCAUAUAUCGGCAACAAUAAAUGAUGGUCGUAUACAAGUGCCUUGCAUCUCAAGUGACUGUAGCAAAUAUUUAACCAAAGAGUCAAUAGUGAAUUUUAUUCGUUAUGAUGCGCCAUUACAUGAGCGUUAUUUGAAACUCUAUAUAUAUGCUAAUCAAAAUCCACGUGCUAAAACAUGUCCACGCUGCUCACAUCUUUAUUCUCUUGAUGAAAUCGAUAGAAAUCUUUCGAAAAAGUCCAAUAAAAAGCCAUCAUUCAAAAAGGAGGCGAACAAAAAGAUCCCUAAACAAGUCCAAUGUUCGGAAUGUUCGUUAGUCUGGUGUUUUCGUUGUGCUGCGCCAUGGCAUGAAAAUAUGACAUGUAAACAAUUCGUUAAAGGUGAUAAACUCCUGCUGAAAUGGAUCAAGCAGAAGAGUGAAGAUCAAUGGAAUGCAAGAAAAUGUCCGAAAUGUUCUUCAUUCAUACAACGUGCUGGUGGUUGUCCUCAUAUGACAUGCUCGUCGUGCCAGUGCGAAUUUUGCUAUCUAUGUGGCCGACAAUACAUGAAAAUUCCAGUUAUUGGUAGUCAUGGCAAUAAAUUCAGUGUCUUCGGAUGUCCAUACAAUCUUCAUCCGGAAAAGCCCUGGCUUCGACGAACAAUACGUGGUUCAAUAGCGACCGGUGUUGUGGUCGCUUCGCCCAUAGUACUUGUUGGUGCUAUAACGGCAGCUGUCACUGUUUUACCAACCUUUGGCAUUUAUAAAGACAUUGUAGAACCAGAUCUACACAUCGACCAUGACGUUCACCUACAUGAUGGAGAUAUGUCCGCGUACACAGAACAAAUAGCGAUUACACUGGCCAAUUAUAGGGAAUACCGAAGCUUACUUCGAGAAAUGAACGAAUCAGUGCUUCCAACAGAAACGAACAGUGAUCCAUUUCCACUAUCAAUCUUUGCCGAAAUGGACGUUGAAAAUUUAUUCUUGGAACGUGAAGAAUUAUUAUCAUCGGAUAAUGUCACUGUUUCCACGACAUCUACGUAUAACGAUCGAGAACUCACUCGAUCCAAUUCAGUUAUUUCAAUGAUAAAAUGUAAUUCAGGUACAGAUCCUGAAUUUUAA